AUGCUGAAAGAAAGCGGCAGUGAUCGCGUAUUAAUGGCAGAUAGCGGUCGAUUACCAUUCAACGAACUGCAAUCAAAAACACUCAUGCUGACUGUGUAUGACUAUGAUAGAUUGUCGAAAGACGACAAAAUGGGAGAAUUAUCGAUCCCACUGGAAACGAUCGAUUUUGGCACUACAACAGAUAUUUGUCGAUAUUUAUGCAAACCUGAGAACGACGACGAUGUAAGUCUUUUAGGAAUUUCUUUUGCUGUUUACUCGUUCAGAGGUUCUCGAAAGAUCAGUGAUUACCCAUGUUUACUAUUUCUGGACGAGGAGAAAAUAUUCAAUUUGAUGAAAAUAUUUUCCAACGGGGUUGGUCUUCAUGCAUUUUAUAGUAUCGAUCUUUCGCUACGUUAUCGCUGGAUGCGCAUUUAG